AUCAUUUAAAAUUUGGUGUAUUCAACGAUGGUAUUAAAAAGUUGACCAUCUUUGUCCGGUCCGGCCUUCAGUCGUCCGACGUCCAUCAGUUUGUCCGGUGUGUCGUCGUCCUCAGCAACUACCCAUCUCUAUUCUUCAAUUCCUCGGUACUGCAACACCAUUAUGGCUGCAAACAGACCUCGGACAAACAUUUUUUCUCGUAACAUUUCUGCUCCUGCAGCACAUAUUCCUGGGGUUAAGCAUGGUCACAAUGGAGCAAUGUUUCUUUCAUCUGGCAUAUGUGAUCUUGACAAGAUUUUGGGAGGCGGGUUCUCUUUAGGUAGCCUGGUCUUGGUGAUGGAGGAUCCUGAGGCUCCUCAUCAUAUGCUUUUGUUGAGAAAUUUCAUGUCUCAAGGUAUUGUUCACAAGCAGCCAUUGCUUUAUGCCAGCCCUGAAAGGGUUCCCCGUGUUUUUCUUGGUACUUUGCCAAGUCCAAUGUCUUCCAAGGAUGACAAAUUCCGAGAGAGGGACACAGAGCAGGACAAGGGUUUAAGGAUCGCUUGGCAAUAUAAAAAGUAUAUCGGGGAACAAGAUUCAGAAAUUCAGCAAGGUGGAAAAACUGAGUAUUGCAAUGACUUUGACCUGCGAAAGCCAUUGGAGAGGCAUUUCCUUGCUGGACAACGCGUUGACUGCAUUAGUAUACAUGAUUUUCCCAAUCUAGACCCUCUGCGUCAGUGUUGCUCAAAUUUUUUAGCACAAUUCCCAAGAUGUGAUGGUAACAUGACCUACCCGGGUAGAAUUGCCAUCCAGUCACUAUGUGCUCCUCAAUGUGAGUUUUCCAACAAUGAAUGGGAAAUACUUUCCUUCAUUAGGUCUUUGAAAUGCAUGAUAAGGUCCUCAAAAACUGUUGCCAUCAUAACUGUCCCUUCGUCUCUUAUUUCUCCGACCUUCUCGAAGAGAUUGCAGCAUCUAGCUGACACUUUGAUAUCCGUUCGACCAAUUCCAGACGAGGACAAGGAGUUGGCAAAGCUUCUCACAGGUUAUAAGGACAUGCUUGGCCUUCUCAAUAUACACAAAGUGGCACGUACUAAUACACAGGUUCCUUUGAUUCUCGAGGCAACCACAUUCUCGAUUAAACUCCACAAGCGACGAUCUUUAGUCUUAGAGUGUCUAAAUCAAGCCCCGGUCGACGGUUCAAGCGGGACUUCGUAUGGUUCAUUAGGUAGUUGUUCUGGGAGUUCCCAAACAGGGCCCCUCGACUUUUAGUUGAUUAGGGUCUGUUGCUAAUUUCCAGGAGCAUACUUAUACAUAAUCGGAUAGAUUGUUUAGUGGUUAAUGUGUUGAUUUUCAAUCAAUAUGUUGCAUUGUCAAACAGAUUAAUGUGAGUGGUAUAUGAUUAUAAUCUUAAUCUUAGCAUUUGUCUAGUAUAGGAUUAUAAUAGGAAAGUAUUAAAAAAAAAGCAGACAAAAGCUU